UAAACUCUUUUGUCCAAAAAAAUUUCAAAAACUCGGUGGAAUAAGAAACGGGCAAAGAGGGACCAGAAUUUUAGCCACGUCAGCUUUUAAGAGAUUGCCACAUCAUCACCAUAAGUCUCUCCCACCUGUACGGAUCCCUUUCCCGGUUGCCCCAAUAUAAAUUGGAACCAAACUCUCCUCAGAAAAACCUUCUCAUUACACUUGCAUGUGCAGCGACCCGACCCGGCCCACAUUUCUAACCCAUUUUCACCUUUUUCUGUUUCCGCCGCCGACUGAUCGAUCCCGAGAGAAUAACUGAAUCUUUCACCGGAGUUCUACGCCGAUGACGAUUGCGGCAGCACAAGCACGCCAGACAGAUCGAUCAGCCACUGGUUUCACUUUCGCAACGACGGCGAAGGCGGUGGCUGUUCCGGUUCAAGUUCCACCGGGAACUGUGGUUUCCGAAGGAUUAGGUAAGGAUGCGUUAAUCUCAUGGUUCAGAGGAGAAUUCGCGGCGGCGAACGCGAUAAUCGACGCGAUGUGCUCGCACCUUAGGAUAACUGAAGAAGCGGUGUCUGGAUCGGAAUAUGAAGCUGUUUUCGCGGCGAUCCAUCGCCGGCGUCUGAAUUGGAUCCCUGUUCUUCAGAUGCAGAAGUAUCAUUCCAUCGCUGAAGUCGCGAUCGAGCUUCAGAAAGUGGCGGCUAAGAAAGCGGAGGAUCUGAAACUGAAGAAAACAGAGGAGGAGGAAGAUCUGAAAGAGGUGGCGGCGGAGGAAGAGGAAGUGAAGAAGAAAGAUUGUUUUAACGGCGAGAAACUAACGGAAAAUGACGUAAACGGAGAUGUAGAAGACGUUGAAGAUGAUUCACCAACUAGUGAUAUCACUGAUUCAGGUUCUCAUCAGGAUGUUCACCAAACUGCUGCUGCGGAUACGGCACAUCAGAUUUUAUGCCAGAACCAUGAAGAUUGUGAUGCACGGUCAUGUGAGAUUAAGCCUAUCAAAGGUUUCCAAGCCAAAGAGCAAGUCAAAGGACACACUGUGAAUGUUGUGAAAGGACUAAAGCUGUAUGAAGAAUUACUUAAAGAAGAUGAGAUAUCUAAAUUGAUCGACUUUGUGGCAGAACUCCGAGAAGCUGGCAUAAACGGGAAGCUUGCAGGUGAGAGCUUUAUACUGUUCAACAAACAGAUUAAAGGGAACAAGAGAGAGCUGAUUCAGCUUGGUGUCCCCAUCUUUGGCCAUGUUAAGGCGGAUGAAAACUCUAACGACACCAACAACUCUGUUAACAUUGAGCCAAUUCCACCACUUCUUGAGAGUGUCAUUGAUCACUUUGUCACAUGGAGACUCAUCCCAGAAUACAAGAGACCAAACGGCUGUGUCAUCAACUUCUUUGAAGAGGGUGAAUACUCACAGCCUUUCCUCAAACCACCACAUCUAGAACAACCAAUCUCCACUCUUGUUCUCUCUGAAUCAACAAUGGCCUAUGGACGCAUUCUCUCAAGUGACAACGAAGGCAACUUCAGAGGACCUUUAACUCUUUCUCUCAAACAAGGAUCUUUGCUGGUGAUGAGAGGGAACAGUGCAGACAUGGCAAGACAUGUAAUGUGUCCAUCACAAAACAAAAGAGUAAGCAUCACAUUCUUUCGUAUUCGACCUGACACAUAUCAUAACCAUUCACAACCCAACAGUCCUCGCAACGACGGUGUAAUGACAAUGUGGCAACCUUACCAAAUGACACCAACUCCAUUCCUCAAUGGCUAUGAUCAUUCAAUUGACAUGAUGCCAAAACUUGGAGUCCUACGUCCUCCAAUGGUCAUGAUGGCACCACCACCAGUUCAACCAAUGAUAUUACCAAGUCCCAAUGUGAUGGGAACCGGUGGUGGCACCGGUGUUUUCUUACCAUGGGCCUCUGUUAAUAGCUCAAGAAAACAUGUGAAGCAUUUGCCUCCACGCGCGCAGAAGAAGCGAUUACUUCCGCUUCCUCCUGCUGCUUCUUCUUCUCCAGCUGGAGGAUCCACCUCUGAGCCUGUGAUCAGCGUAGGUUAAUCCUAUUCGACUUCUUCAGCAAAAAAAAAAAAAGCUUUGAACUGGUCUGUGUCUAAGCCAUGCUCUGUUUCUUCUCUUUUGUUCUGUUUAUUUUUUUCAAAUUCAGUUUAGGUUAACUCAGGUUUUAUAGAUAGAAUUAAGUUUGUUACAUCCCCAGAGGCAUGUGUUUUCUAUUUUGUGUACGAUUUUAUUAUCAGUAUAUUCUCAAAAUGUUACCUUUCAUUGCUAGUUUUCAAACAAAAUGAUAUUAUAGCA